AUGGGUCAGAAUGCGCAGAAGGUGCCAGCGAGGCAGAUGUGGCAGGACUUCGACAAGGAUGGCAGCGGUAUCCUUGAACGGGAGGAGGUUGACAGCCUGCUGAAGCACAUCUGGAAGACGUACCAGGUUCAAAAGCCGCUGUCUCCGGAUGUCGUCAAGAACGUCCUGGAGGAGUUGGACAAAAGCAAGGAUGGCAAGAUCGUGCAGGCAGAGUUUGAGGACCUCUACGACGACCUUUGGGAGGAGAUGUCGCAGAUGUACGCGAGUUCCGCUCCUGGCAAAUCAGAGCCCGAGGCGAAGAGCACAGGAGCAAAAGGUGCGUCCAGUCCCAAAGGUACGAAGACGCCGCCACGGCCGGAGCCACCGAAAGCCAAGAGGCACAGCAGUCCCAAGGCGAGCGCCAAGGUUCCCAACAACAUCCGGUGCCCCCACUGCUCCUUCGAGAUAGAUCCACGUCAGCUUCACAGGCUGAGAGUUCCACCGGAGGCUUUGGGCGUGGUUCCGGGUCCAUGGCAAAGACAGCUGAACGAUGGAGGAGGCUACGAGAUCACUCCGGCAGCCAUCGCCGCACCCUCGCUCCCACCGGGCACUAUGCUCCAUGGCCAGGUGCCGAGCUCCUUCUUUCAUACCUCCCACGGUUGGUGGGCGCAGCCCCCGGGCGCCGGCUCCGGUCCUUGA